AUGUUAUAUGCUGGUUGUUAUCAGCGCUUAAAAGAGCUUUUCAAGCUUCAGCACUGUGUGAAAGCUGCGUUAACGGCUUCUGUGAACGACCGGGAUUCUGCAGAUGUAAGAGUGGAUGGAUGGUGUGUUCGAUAUCCGGGUUGCAAGCACGGCACGUGCAAUUUACCGAACGAAUGCAUUUGCGACGAAGGAUGGGGAGGUCACUUCUGCAGUGAAGAUGUUUAUGUGAAUAUUGCAGACUUAAACUAUUGCACUCGCCAUCGACCGUGUAAAAAUGGUGCGAUGUGUUUAAACACUGGACAUGGACAAUACACUUGUGAAUGUUCGGAUGGCUAUUCGGGUGUCAAUUGCGAAAUCGAAACACGUGAUUGUAGCGCACAACCUUGUCUUAAUGGAGGCACCUGUCUGGAGAAAGGCGGUAAUUACACGUGUUUGUGCCCCAGAGGCUACAGUGGUCGACAGUGUCAGCUGAAAGCUACUUCGUGCUUGGAUAAUCCUUGUCGAAAUGGAGCUGUUUGCAAGGACCUUUCCGAUGGCUUCGUGUGCCAGUGUCCGACUGGUUGGACGGGGCAUAGUUGUGAAAUUCGCGUUAAUCCGUGCAACGGAGAUGUUUGCUUCAAUGGUGCGUGCGGCUAUGAUUUCCACUUACUUCUGAUAAUAGAUCUCUUCAUCAGUCUUUUAUCCAAGUAUUUCACUUCGAUCAGCCAUCUUUUAUCCUCUAACUUUCCCAGAAAUAAUCUGACGAGCGAUUUUUGUAUCCGAACUCACUGA